CAACUUUGAGAGCUCCCCUUCUCACCUCCCCGACAGUGAUGGGUAGAUGAUGGACACGCUGGCACUGCAGCAUAAGAAUAUAUAACACAGAAAAAGGGUUAUCAUACUUUCUAAUGAACCUUCUCGAUCAUACUGUAGUUGUUUAUUGCAAACCUGUGCAGACAGUGCAAGCAGUUUCAGGUUUUACCGGUUUUCUCUACCCUCUAGCGGCACAACAGUGUACUGCUGUACAUGUGUGUAGACAGUGCAGUUACGGUGUAGUACAGUAACGGUUUGUUUUGGUGUUUAUUCUGUGUGAUCAACUCUUCGGGAUAGUACAUUAUCUCGGAAAGCCACGAUUGCUAAACAACGUAACACAUUUAUUAAAAUGUAACCCAAAAGUGAUUCGAACGAAAAAACAUUUUUAUUGUUGUGUCAACAUUUUACAGCAAAUCAACCAGCGAAAGUGGACGUUGCUCGCUAUUUUCUACUUCAAGGAUCUGCUUCGCUGAGAUUAUAGAAUUUUGGGGAACAACACAUUGGAAGCAAGUUACAGUGAAGUCACAUAGGUUUUCUCAGUAAAAACAAUGUUGAACUUAGUUUGACUUGGUCGACAAAAUAUAAUCAACAAGCUAACGUAGCUAGUGGGUGUGCUAAACCGUUUUGAAUGUCCAGGAUCUGACAGGUUGAGGUUGAAGUGGUUGUUGACUUUCUCAAUUUAACAUGGGAGAAUGAAAUUCUAUCAUGGGGACAUUGAACGCUUUACAAGAAUGGUGUGGCAUAAAAUGCGAAAAUUACCCCAACGUGGAGAUAAGGAACAUCUUCUUCAUUCAGAGAUGGAUUGGCGUUUUGUGCUAUUAUCCACAAACACCAACCUGAUUUGAUAGACUUCAACUCCCUCUCCAAAGAUAAUGUUUAUGAAAACAACCAUCUGGCAUUUGAGGUCGCACAGUCAAAGCUGGGAAUCCCUGCAUUGCUGGAUGCUAAGGACAUGGUGUCCAUAGAGGUGCCAGACCGGCUAAGUGUCAUCACUUACCUCUCCCAUUACCACCACUGCUUCAACAAGAAGUCUCAUGCCGGUCCAGCCAGUUUGAAGACGCCAUAUGUUGCAGAGUGCUCCAGUCACUCCCAGACACAACCUGACUCUCUUGGAGGUUUGCAGCCCGCCAAGUCAAGGACAGAGGAGCCAUCCAACAGUGGCAGGCCAUGCAGCGUUUGUGCCUCCUGCAUGAAGCACGUCCACCUGGUGCAGAGACAUCUCACCGAGGGGAAACUCUACCACCGCAGCUGCUUCAGACGCAGUGUGUGCAGCAGCACUCUCUUACCAGGGUCUUACAAAGAGGAGAGUGAAGUUGGCUCCUUGGUCUGCACCCACCACUUGACAGCCAGUCAAAAUGCCCACCCCGACUACAGUAAACAAACUGGAUCAUUAGAGAAUCUGCCCAAAUUAGAUGAGCAGGAGGUGACACUAUCUCAAGGUGGAUUUACAGACAACCCUGAUCUCUCUGAUUUUAUUAGAAAAACAGACUCAGGUGAGACAGUUAUUUCUGGAAGAGGAGAGACAGAGACGGAGGGAGGUGAGAGAAAGACAAGGCAUGACACACUUAAGAAGUCAUGUCCACCCUGUCCUCCAAAGCCCACUGUAGAAGAGGGAACGCUUGAAGAAGCAGGGACACGGCCCAUUCAGACAACAGAAACUGUCACUGUAACACCAGACAGCGAUUCGGCUUCUGCAAGCCCUGGACGGCCAGUUCCUGCACCUAGACGGGUGUUAGACUCUACCCCUCCUCGUCCUGCACCCAGAACCCGUCCACCUAAAGCCAUGGACAGCCCCCUUGUUUCUGGUUACACAGUUGAUAAUAAAACGUUACCCAAUCCUUCUCGGAGGUUUGGCCAACCCAGUGGGCCCUGUAAACCCAAAGACCCACCGUGGCUGGAGCUUGUCCUGCCAGGGCCCUGGCCAAAGCUUCCCCCUGCCCGCCCCCUAGUAUGCCCAAGCCCCCACGCUCAGGCUCUAUACCCUCCCUCAGAGGCAGUUGGUACAGAGCGAGAACCCCCUCCCAACCCCUUUGGGGAGUUUGAGGAUGAGGAGGCUGAUGAUGAUUACACUGGGGAAGAGAACACAAUGAGUGGUGCUGAAGACCAAGCACAGCCCUCAAUGGUAACAAGCCAGACAUGGUGUGGUACCAGUCAGUUAGCUGAAGCAGCCGGCUCACAUUGCCACGCUCAUUUAGAGGACACAUCCAGAGAAGUUGACAAGUCUAGUAUUGCUGGAGCGGAUGACGCAGUAAAUUUCCCUGAAAUUGCUAAUGCACCAAAUGUAGAAAGUUUAGCUGAAGCAGGAUGCUCACUUCCUGUAUCUAAUUUAGUAUGUAAGGAGAACCCUUUCAAUCGUAAAGUCUCCCCCUCUGAGUUCCCCAAAUCCAAGCCUGCCCCUGGACAUGGCCUCCCCCUCAUCAAGAGGAAGGUGCAGACAGACAACUAUGUCCCAGUGGAGGAGCUGCAGGUGGAGCUGGGGGAUUACAACAUGGACAGGAUGGAGCUGAGAGGGGUGGAGAUGGAGAGAAGCUUGAGAGACUGCCAGAAUGACCAGGAAGAGGAGGACAUGUUGGUGGACUGGUUCACUCUAAGAAAUGAGAAACACAUGCUUGUGCGCAGGGACGCAGAACUAGUAUACAUGGCCAAGCAACGGAAUUUAGAGGAGAGACAGGCAGACGUGGAAUAUGAACUGAGAUGUCUCCUCAACAAACCAGAAUGUGAGUGGAGUAAGGAUGACCGUUAUAGGGACCAGCAGUUGAUGGAGGAGCUUGUCACCAUCAUUGAACAGAGGAACCACAUCAUCAACAGCUUGGAUCAGGACAGGCAAAGGGAAGAAGAAGAAGAUGCUCUGUUUUCCAUAAUCAAGAAGAAAGAUUUAAAAAAAGAGUCUGGGAAAGACCUGAAGACGUUAAGAGCAAAGUUCAAGCCCAUGAAGAUGCUGAAGAUCCUGAGUCAUAAAGACUAAGAGCAAAGGCUCUCUAAAGAAGAAGAACUGAGUUGGACUCGGGCUCACCCUAUAAGGAAGGAACAAAUAGGUCAAAUAGGUGUUAACAAAUACACAUUGAGCCACAAUGUAAUGUCUCAUAAUUGUACAAAUAAAUGAAUGAAGAUUUACGGGUAAGAGAUGAAGACUCUUGGACUGUGGAUGAUAGUGGUUAAGAAUUAAGAGAAGCCUCUGAUGCAGAGUAUAUGGAUUUUCUUCCCAAGUGAAAAAAACUAUCCCCAUUACACUGCACUUUUUGCACAAGAUGUGAUUGCUCCUGCGUUCCGUAAAGCCGUAGUCAGACUAUGAUGAGUUGCAGCAUAGAAUCAUUCACUAAUGGGAUUUAUUUUUGCAGUUCAACUUUGUUAAAUUAUAUUUAAUAUUAUAUAAUUAUAUAAUAAUUAUAUGUAAUAUUUUAUUUAAUAAAACAUUGUACUUUGUAUGAACAGAA